GCUUCUUCCAUAUGCCUUAAGCAAUUGUGUAUCGUUCAAAAGGUAUAAUUAUAUGGAUUAAUCACAGAAACGCACAAUAUUGGCUUUAUUGUAUUAUUUAAAAAAUAUUUGUUCACCGUUUUGAAAUUUUGUGUUUUGUUUAUAACUUUGUUUUUGGCAGUACAGCAGAGGGCAAGAACAAUUGCGCAUCAGCAGCAACAAAUGCUUUUUUCACUUUUCUACUACACUUUGAUACGGUUGAAAGCAAUGUACCAUAAUUUAGUUUUUUUUAUAGAAAUUUCGUUUUUCUUGGUCAGCAGUUGAAAAUUAUAUUCUUCACGCGCCGAGUCACAAAAGUGAACUGAGCGCAACGAACAGGAAAAGCCAAUGCAGCCAUUGCCAGCUCCAUUGCGUUCGAAUUGUGCGCGGAAGGGGGAGAAAUUUGGUAUUUGGAAAAUUGUACAACAACAACAAGGAAGUGCAUUUUUGCGUUGCCAGAAAAUACUAAGUUAAAAUGUAGUAUGAAAUAUAAUGGUUUAUAAAUUAUUCCCAAAAGCGUGCUUAUAUAUUAUUAAAAAAUGAAAAAAAAGUAUUUCAAGAAAAAGACAAAAAGUAUUAGAUAUUAAAAAUAAUUAAUAUUUAAAGUUUAUUAAAUAGUUAAUUUGUAUCACCCUUUUGCUGGAGCUAACCACACUUUUCCACAUGAAUGUGCCAAAAGCAGCCGUUCAGCCAAAAAAAGAAAAUGCGAUAAACUUGAGGAAAUAUUUUUCAACUACUUGGAAGUAAUUUCACAAAUAAUUUAUACCAAAACUAAGAACGUAAACAUAUUCGUAACGCACAGAAUACAAAUAAUAUGUCAGACGCUCCUGAUGGUAAAUUGCCCAAUAUCAAAUUCGAUGGUAAUGCACCGAAGUUGGAUAAAGCGCAAUUAGAGUUUAUGAAAAUCAUCGAACAACAGAAUUUGGUGCGUGUGGAAAAGUUGCAGCGCAUACGUAGAAACAACCUGAUUACAGCCGGCAUCUUGGGUGCAUCCGUGUUGGGUAUUUAUGCCUACUCAAUGCUUUCAGUGCAACAAGAAGACUUCCUGGAUGAUUUUGAAGAACCGAAAAAAAUUUCAAAGCAAUAAGAACUAGUUACAUAAAGUAUAUUUAGUUUUAAGACAACACGAGAGAAAGAAAACAAUUUGUAUUUUUGGGUAAUUUAGCAUUAGCUUUGGAGUUCUAAAUUUUUGUUGUAUACAAGUUAAAUUUAACCAAAAACAUGCCACAAGCAGCAGCACGCGUACUCACUAGCGGCGUACGCCUACCGCCCAUGCCAACUAUACGCGAUCUCGUGAAACUUUACAAAUUGCAAGCUAUUAAAUAUAUGAGUCAAAAUUUCAUUAUGGAUGAACGUUUAACGGAUAAAAUUGUAAAGGCUGCUGGUCGUAUAGAUCCACAAGACACGGUGUUAGAAGUCGGUCCGGGUCCGGGUGGCAUAACACGUUCGAUUUUGCGGCGCAUGCCCGGCCGAUUGGUGCUUGUGGAGAAGGAUGUACGUUUUAUGCCAACAUUAGAGUUGUUAAAGGAAUGUGCACGCCCACUACAAACACAAGUGGACAUCUAUGAAGGUGACAUUUUACGUUUUGACAUGGACAAAUAUAUACCAAUGUCCGAACAUCGCUUACAUCUAAUUGGCAAUUUACCUUUUGCUAUUUCUACGCGUCUACUUAUAAAUUGGCUGCAGGAUCUGUCGCUGCGACGUGGUGGUUUUCGUAGUCCGGACACAGCUAUGACACUCACCUUUCAGAAAGAAGUGGCUGUGCGUAUUUGUGCGCCACUAGGUAAUAAACAGCGUUGUCGCUUAUCGAUUAUGUCGCAAAUAUGGACUACGCCGUAUAUGAAAUUUGUAAUACCUGGCAAAGCCUUUGUGCCGAAACCAGACGUCGAUGUGAGUGUUGUAAAGUUAAUACCAUUGAAGCAGCCAAAAACGACGCUGCCAUUCGAACUGGUCGAACGUGUGGUACGUCACAUAUUCAAUAUGCGGCAGAAGUAUUGCCGACGCGGUUAUAGUAACCUUUUUCCACCCAAAGAUCGUGAAGGUGUCACGGAUACACUUUUCGAGUUGGCCGAUGUAGAUCCAACCGUCAGACCAUUCGAAUUGUCUGUGGAGGAAUGUUUGCGUUUGGCAACAGUGUAUUCGGAUUUCAAAAACAAACAUCCCGAAGUGGCUAGCUAUGAUUACCGGGCAAGAAAAGUACCCAUUAAAGAUUAUUCGGAUUAAUGUUAUGAAAAUGUAGAUUAUAUGAAUUACCAUUAUUUUUUGUUAGAACAUGAAAUUUCUGUACUUUCGCUUGUUUUAUCAAUAUACAUUUAUUAAAAAUUGUCUUUUAAAUUA